CUGACCGCCGUCGGCCUCCAAAAAUCAGUCAAUCAAAAACAAAAGCCCACCAACGCGCGUGCUUUUUUUUAAAAAAAAUUUCAACUCUAAGAUUUAAAGUAAGAAACUCCUUGCGUGCGGUUUUGCCGUCGAAAAUUCCUGACGAAUUGCUUUUUCCAAAAAAAAAGAGAGCGGGGGUUUUCCUCACAGGAUUAUAGCAUUGCACUAACGGAUGUGAUUUAUUUACUCGCGUUGACAAAACUUGUGUGGAAGUCGAGUCCUAUUGUGGCAAAUGAACGGUUAUUUUUUCUGCCAGUCCUCCCCGGUGGUGUACAGGAAGCGGAUGUUGGCGGUUGUUUAAUGGUUGCCCACAGCGAUGGACGGGUCGGUCUCCCUGUGGAUGGUUUGGGCAUGGUUCCUCGUCCAGGGGCCGACCGACGCGGUGCUUGAAGUGCGAGCCGAUAAAUUCGCGGAACGAAUCAGCACUUCGAGUCCCUCUGGCAGCACCGAAAAUCCCACACAUACAACAAAACCCAAACCAACUACUCAAGUGGCCCCAAAGGUGGCUCUGCCCCGGGCAAGCAACUUGCCAGAUCUUAAAAUAAACGUUCGUACUUUGUGUGUCUGUAACUUACUAGUUGGACAAUGUGAUGUAAAUUGCUGCUGUGAUCCAGACUGUAUGUCAUCAGAUCGAUCUACCUUCUCAACCUGUGAUGUCCAUAUUGUCACGGGUGACAAUGAACUUUGCAGACAAGAUGCAGCAAUGUACUCUACAAAUAGUAGUGAAGUUGUGACUUUGAUCAACCCCAACCUAUUCUGCAUUGAGACAAACAACUACAAGAAAGGCUCAUCGUUUUUUGCCCCAGAAGUGCCAAGUACUAGUAAUUUUAACAGUUUAAUGAAACAGUUCAGUGGUUUUUCCUUCAGUACUGAUAAAGCGUCUUCAACUCUGUCACCUACAAGUGUAUCCAGUUCAACUUCAAGUAGCUAUCAGUAUGGUAUGCCUAUUAAAGUCAGAGGAGGUUAUCUGAAGCUUCCUGCUCCUUUGGCAACAACUACAUGCACUGACAACAACCCUGCAGCUUUUUUGAUAGAUCAAACAACACACUGCAGUCGAAGGAUACAGAAAUCAACAAACUGCACAAGUCUUCCAGCAUUCAGUAUAAGCAAUUACCUGAAUGUAAAAAUUCUUCCAAGUCCUGAUGCAAAUUUGAAUAGUGGAAUCCCAGUCUUUCUUAGCUCUAUAACUUUGAAAUCUUUAAAUGGAACAUUAAUACGCCUGAAAGACUUUGCUGUUAAUAACUGGUUACCCAAUCAGGAUGUUAAUAUAUGCAGAAAUAUUGUGCUAGAGGAAAACACAGUGGGAGUUCCCGUCAGUGGAAAUCCUGGCUACAUUGUUGGACUCCCUCUAGUGGCUGGAUUUGGACCAAAUGCCACUGUUGGUAUAAUUCAAAGCAAAAACAGAUUUGGGCAGCUGACAGUCAUGAAGAGUUCAGCCAACCAAGAUUGUCUACAGAUGGUAGGGUUCCGGACGCCAGUACUUUUUGGAUACAACUUAAACUCUGGCUGUAUUAUGCGAAUAACCAAUGUCACAACAUGCCAUCAGUGGUCAAAUAUCAUCAGAAAUCUGUUAAUUGGACAAAACUUUCCUCAAAGUGUGGCAUCAUUUGGAAACACUCCUGUGCAGAAUGUGAAAGACUGGGUGACCAUCCAAAAAGCUACUUCAAUAAUUCAGAGAUGUGGUUGUGAAGUUCCUGAAUCUUUAAUGCUGGAGGUAAAGUGGACAAAAUAUGGUUCCUUAAUAAACCCACAAGCUAAAAUUGUAGAAGUCACACAGACAAUCAGAGAAACAUGCAUUUUGAGAUCUUUGAAAACUGCAACAAAUUUAUACAUCUCUACCUCAGUUAAGUUUACAGAUGUGUCUACAUCUGCCCAACCUGGAUACAAAAGCAAACCAAUGCUUUAUAUCAAUUUACCUUAUGAUUUUUUCUUUCCUUUUGUAUGAAAUACUCUCAACUAGUUUUUUUGUGUGGAUCUGGAGUUAUAAUGAAACUGUACCAUGAAAUUGUUUAAAUAAUAACUGCUAUGUAUAGUAACUUACAGUAGAUGUACUGAUUUAUAAUGGUGUUAAACUAUGAAUUGCAAUUUUCUCAAAUACUGUUCUGCAGAUAGUCAUUUGCUUUUAUUUCAACUGUACAUAUGAAUACCUGCUUCAGCAUAAAUUUCUCAAUGGACUGCAUUUACAGUACAAUUAAGUUUAUUUAGAUGACUGAAAUACAUUUGCACUGAAGACAGAUGGAAAUAUUCAGCAGGUCAGGCUGCAUUCUGUGGAGGGAGCGAAAGACCUAACAUGCUAAGUCAGUUACACUGCAUCAGAACUGAACCAAUGAAGAAACAGAUCUGUUACAACUCAGAGAAGGAAACAAGUGCAUCAAAUAUAUCUGAAGCCAAAAGAUUGCCAGUAAAAUCUAUCAGUUAAGGCAGCAUUUUUGAAGAGAAAAAAACAUUUUGCACAUCUGCUGAGUUCUUGCUGUCAGUUUCAGCAUAUUCCUGGCUUUAUUCAUUCUUCAUUCUCAUUCAUGUAUAAAUAUAAUUUCUGCAAAAGUAUUGUGGCAUCUAGACAACCCAUGUCCUUAUACACAGACAUUCCCUUUGUUUUCUCCGUGUAUCACUUUUUUUGCUGCUUAAAACUGGUUUUCUCAUUGUUUGGUUCUGAUAAAGGGCUGCAAACCUGAAAAACCAUUUCUAUCCCCAGAAUGCCAUCUGUCCCAUUGAUCAUCUCCAAAUUUGUAACAUCUGUAUUCUAUACUUAAUUUAAAUGCUAAAGGUAAUGUGUUUUAUUACUUGGGCUGGUACCAAUAUUUUUGCUUUCUUAAAAAAAUAAAAGCUUCACAUAGAAAGGGAAUUAAGCCUUAUUUAUUAUUUAUGCACGUUGAAACUAUACAGAUCCUUCUUUCUUCUUCUUUCUUACAUCGACUCAGGCCUAGGGGGCCGGCGUCAGGCACAAUGACAGACUCUCCACUCCUUCUCCCUCAUCAGUGUGUUUAGUUUAUCUACAUUAGCUGCGCCGCUAUCUUCUAGGAGCGUGUUGACCAUAGUCUUGGGAGGGUGCCAAGACUAUGCUCCCAUGCUUGGGCUCCCAUGUGAUGACUAGGCUGGCAGGUAGCUCAGGGUGGCAUAGACAGUGCCCUGCUAGUUGCAGUCUUCUCGCCUCGAUUUUAGUAGUGAGCAUCGGUAGGUCGUCAUAGAGCUCAACGUUCGUCAUGUGCUGUUGCCAACUCACAUUAAGCGCCAUCCAGAGCAUUCAUGUAUAGCAACCAUCUAGUGACUUUCGCAUGGUCUUGGUGAGUGUCCAUGUCUCACAACCGUACAUGAGAAUGGACUAUGACUGCUAUGAAGAUCCUCUUUUUGAGUCGUCUGGUCAUAUUCGACCUCCAUAUUUCCUUCAUGUAGUUCAUAGCCUUCCACGCCAGCGCCUUCCGUAUCAGUAAGUCCUUCUCCGAACUCAUCAUUCUUGACUCAAGAUAUUUGUAGUCUAAGACUUCCUUAAUGGUAUCAUUCUUUACGGUCUUGAGAGUAAUUUUGUCGCAGUUGAACGCCGUGUACUCGUCUUUUUAGCACUUAGCUGAAGUCCAACUUUGUUGCACUUUUGUCAGUAGAUGCUGUGCUUCCUCCAUCUGGUCAGAGAGCAGGACUGUGUCGUCUGCAAAACCGAGAUCUGUGAGCAUAGCUGGUCUGACCCUUUUGGUUCGUCCUGGUUUUAUGGUAAAACCAAGUUUGUCAUGAUCUUUGGUAGCUUGAUGUAGAGCGUAAUCAAGGACGAUUAUGAAGAUAUAGGGUGCCAGAGUGUCUCCUUGCAGCACACCAGCUAGGAGCUCGAACACUGCUGUUUCUCCGUCUGGUGAUACAACUUUCGCCAUGGUCUUGAUGUAGCUGGACUCUAUUGCUCUCAGUAGAUGGUCUGGCACUCCGUAAGCUUUCAGGAUCUUCAACGUUUUACCUCGGUGAAUGGAGUCAAAAGCUUUGUGAAAAUCGAAGAAGGUAAGCAUGGCUGGUAGGUUGUUGUUCUUGACUUCCUUGAUGAUUCUACAGAGAGCAAGUAUUUGCAUUACUGUUGUGCACUUCUGCCGAAAACCAUUCUGAUUGAAUCUUAGCUCAGGGUCAAUGGUGGUGUGAAUCCUGUUCAAGAUCAUCCAAUUGUAUAGCUUUGCUAAGAUGCAGGUCAAGCUGAGGGAUCCAGACUUGGGGACAGGAUAAUGUUUGAGAGUGACCACUGUUCUGGUUUGUCACCUUUCAUCAGUGCCGUAUUACAUAUGUCCAGCAAGAUGUCGUCCAGGUCGCAGUUCUUCAGGACAUCUGGUGGUAUCCCAUCUGGUCCAGCACUCCUGCCCUGUUUGAGUACAUAUUUAGUCUUCUUCAGUUCCUCAAUGGAACCAUCAUCGGCCAUCAUCGAUGUUGACUUGCAUUAAUAUCAUGGGUAUGUUCUCUUUCCCUUCUGUGAUCGUUGGAGGGCGUCCCAGCAGGUUCUUUAAGUGUACAUACAGAUCCUCCCCACUUUAUGAAUGCUUUGUAUAUUGAGCCCUACAUACAAGUGUGUUUGGGGAAUGCCUUUAUCAGCUGCUGUGGUUAUUCUUGAAUGAGUUGGAAUUUUGACAUAUUGAACCCAAAAAGAACAAUUCUGUUUAACACUUCCAUGUCCUUUUACAGGUUCUACUUAAGGCACAUCACCUGGUGUCCUUUUUAAAACUAUCAUUAGCAUUUAACACACCAUCUGCAGUAAAAUCUUUUAAAGAAUAUCAUGAGCCUGAAAUAGGCUUGGGCUAAAUUCAUUAACAGCAACUUUAUCAUUAGAAUGGCAAAACUGGAUUUAAGAUGCUUUUCUAGACUAUCCAUUCCUAUGGGGCAGAUCAUCUUCUGCCCUGUAGGAACUCUGUAGCUGUUUCUCACUGUUUGGGGUGCUUAGGAACGGAACCCUGUCAUUACCUAGGGAGAACCUAUAAAGUAUACUUUCAGCUGUCUGUAAUGGAUGGGGAAAAUAGGGUGCUGAAAAAGAAUUGCAAAAAUGUUGUACAGUACACAAUGUUCUAUGUAUAACCCUUUAAAAUAAAUCACCAAGCUACAUAUUUUUAAAUAAUAUUUUACAUGGCAAUUCUAUUAUAAGACUAAACAGUUAAUGUAAAAUACAGAAAAUGAAUGACCAUAGAUGGCAAAUAUUCAAAAAAUGUUGCUGCUAAUCAGUCUGUAGUUCUUAAGUAAAUAAACAUUUUUUUUAUUUUUACAUGCUUAUUUUGCAUAGCACUUGAAACAAAAUUCACAUUUUGAGCUAGUUUUCAUAAAAGCAAUUCAGUCUAACAUAGACACACAUCACUUGGGCCACAUUUUCCUGAGCCAAAAUUGGUGCAACUUUUUCCACUAUAUCCUGGCUACCUUAUUGGCACAUCAACAAGUCAAAGGCUUAAUAUUCUCUAAGAUGUUUGCUGUUUAUCUGAGAAUUUUACUUCCUAUAUAUUGGAUAAACAGCAGUUUACUAUUCCCAAUUUUUAAAAAAAUGUGUAUAUAUUCUGAAGGAUAAGACACUUUAUAGAUCAAUGUAUGACAAUCUACUUGAAGUGAAUCUUAUAAUGCUAAUUUCCACAAUAUUUGCAAAAUUAACAUUAAACAAUGAACCUG